AUUCACGACGUCCACCACAAACAAAACACUUGUCGUCCUCCUCUCCUCCCUGAUCCAGGAACUAGUCUGAUCCUGGGCUGCAUGAUCUACCCAGACGGCUGGGACAGCGACGAGGUGAAGAGGAUGUGUGGCGAGCAGACGGACAAGUACACGCUGGGCGCCUGCUCGGUGCGUUGGGCCUACAUCCUCGCCAUCAUGGGCAUCAUGGACGCCCUCAUCCUCUCCUUCCUGGCCUUCGUCCUGGGAAACCGUCAGGACAGUCUGAUGUCAGAGGAGCUGCUGGGAGAAAAGAGCGGAAACAACGCCAUCUAGCUGUCGCUCUGAGGAAAGCAGUCACACACACAGGUCUUGCUGCAGAGACGUGAUGUUACUUCAGGAUCCAGCUGCCCUCUCCUGGUGCAGCUUGUGGCUGAGACACAGAGCUGAUGUGUGGACAGAUUAAAGAAGAACAAGAGGAGGUCUGGAGGAGCUUGUCCUCCCUGAAUCUCCCUCUGUAAAAUAACCAACUCGGUCAUCUGAAACUGCUUAUUUCUGCAGGAUGAACUCUCUCAAAGACUUUCUCCGGCCUCCAUGUGGACGGGAGGUUCAGUCCACAGGUUCAGCUGAGGGACAAAAACAAGACUUAAUGUGGUAAAUCAGCUCGGGGACAGUGGACGUGGCAGCUGCUCAAAUUGAAUCAAAUCAAAAACAGAAAUGAUCCAGACUUAGAGGGAGGACUUGAGGUGAAAGCUGUCGGAACGUCUCUCUCGUCAAAGUCAACAAACUCCCAGAGAUAAACCUGGAGUUCAGCUCCGGUUCGACCUCUCGUGUUGUCAACUGAGAGGAGGAGACAUCUCAACGCUGAACAACGGAAAGAACAGAGAUGUUUUGUUAUAAUUAAAUGUUUGAUGUGAUAGAAACAUGACGUAGUAAUUAGAGGUUUUGCUGGUGACAACUUUCCCAAAAAGAAAAAAAAAAGAGUAAAAAAAAAGUGCGCUAAAUAGGAGAAAACAUUAUAUGGAGACUAUAAUCUGUGUGUAGAUGUGUUGAUGAGGUCACUGUACUGUCUUGACUUUGAAAAUGGUCCAUUUCUUGUGUGUGCCAUACUGCGUCCUGUAAUCUGACAGUGUUGUGGCGUACGAAGAAGGGCCCAAGAAACUAAAUGAGCAAGAAGUGUGGCUUUAACUUUUUUCAUAUAUUAUUUUUCACAACUAAAAAACAACUGACAUUGACCUUUACACUUUUAAUGGAUGAUGGAACAAUAGAAAUUGAUUUAAAGACAAAAAUCUGCUCCGCUUAAGCCAUCGAGGACUGGGACACGGCUAGCAAAAACAUUAUUAUAGUUAUCGCUCGUUGCGUCCAAAAAAAAUGUUUAUAAGCAAAUACCAAUUAUAAAAGUGUCAUUUUAAUAUUUGACCCAAUGAGUCAAACUGUUGAUUGUUGAACUUUAAGAACUGAUAAAGAAUCACGUUUGUUCAUCCAUCUGAUUUUAUGACUUUGUAAAUGUACAAAAUGGAAAUCUAUCGUCUUUGGAUAUUAAAUAAAAGCGUUGAUUUCAUUUCCCUCAACAGACUUCAAAUGUAUUAAAAAGUCUUGGAUUUCAUUCAUGAAUAUUUUCUACAUCCUGCUGUGGGAGCGUUAGCUGCACUUCUGAAAGUAUUUGGAAAAUCUAUAAAUCUUUUAAUCCUUCUUUCCAUUUUCAUCAUUUAAUUAUCCAGUUUCUGCUGUUAACCAGCUCCAGGUCGAGUUUGAUGAAUAAUUAAUGACGUUGUUAUGAAGCAUUGAGUCACACUGCUGAGAAGUAUUGACAAAUGUAAUGUAAUGAUGUAAAUGAAUAAU